CCGUUCUGCAUGCAUUGUUUUGUUGAUUUACAUUUUGUAAACAAUUAACAAAUGGAAGGCACAACUCUGUAAAAACUAAAUUAAAGGCGCGAAUGUGUUGCGUUUUGAUCGUAAACUAAUGCAGUGUGAAUCUCUAUCUUAGAAUGGACAUAUCAGGAAAUUUCUUCAGAAGGCUUCGAAAUUUAGCCACCUUCUUGGAGACAGAAACAAAGACUCUUAAAAAAGCUCAUGAGAACAGCAGCAGUGAUGAUUACAAAGAGGGAGGUAUGCAAGUUCUGCAUGAAUUACAUUCAGAAGUCCAGGCUAUAAAAGGACAGGUUAAAACACAGCUGAUUAGCAAUCAAUCUGUGGAAAACAAUGCAAGCGAUUUUCUUAGAUCAUGUUGCGUACUAAAACAAAGAAACACAGCAAACCUUGAAACAAUCAAAGAAUAUUUCGAAAAGUAUGGAUACAAACCACAGGCUGGGAAAACUACAGCAGUGGAGAUAGCAACAAAUAGUAAUGAUGAAGAAUGUAUGGUAGACCAGGAGAACCGUGGGAGUGAGGAAGAGGAGGAGGAGAAGGAGGACAAGGACAAGGAGAGAACAUCAGAAAGUCUGCCUUGUGCCACACCUGCAGAGAAGCCACCUGCACCCCAGGACCCAAUGCGCACCCCACGGCUCUCUGACUUUGGUCUCUCGCACUAUCGAUUCCAAAACACUUGGGAAGUACUAAAGGAGAUGCCAGAACAACCAGCAAUAACACAGGGCUCUGUGGGCCAGGGGGGUUUGCGGGCCACAACAUUUACAGAAUCGUUUCCUGUGUUACCCAAAACGCCCAAGUGUAUGUUGGAGUUGGACGAGGCCUUCACUCCUAAAAUGGAAGAUUUUGGGAUCAAUGAAUAUACCAUGUGUCUCAAUGAUGACUUUACCAUAGCCCUCAUCAACAAGAACAAACCCACGAAGCCCAAGAGUUUGGUUGGAGUUACUGGAAGCCAAAUAAAUACUGGGACAACAGAGAAGUACAGUAAGCCUACUGAGCCGACUUUUAAACAGCAUUUUACAGAAAACGAUAUGACAAACUCACCCAUUCCUCCAGUGUUUUGUACACCUGGAAUAAAAAUUAACAAAAAUAAAUUACCUACUUUGCCAAAAAGCCCUGAAAUCACAGUUAAGAAGGCAAGUGAUUCUACUCCUGAGAUCCCAACCUUUGAGACACCGUAUUUGAAGAAGCUAGUUCAUCAGAGAAAUACAGAAAAUGAAAAGAAGACAUUACCUGAAAAAGGAAACCCAGCUGACCGCUUCAAUUUUGAAGAACCUUGCCCACCAGUUUUUAGCUCUAGGAUGUUUGCUACUGAACAAGUCCAACUAAUAACACCUCUAACACUGGCAACUUAUGAUGAUAUGCCUGAAACACCAGAACGGCCAGAAUUAAGUGCUAUGACAGAAGGUAUCUUGAAGUUAAAGCACGAUGGUCUGAUGAUAAAUAAAACUGAAAAAGAGAACAGGUCUCCUCUGGUGCAUCUUGCCAUAGUGUCUGAAAAGGAAUUCUUCACACUGCCGGAUUAUUUAAGACAGAUUCCUCUGUCUGAAAUAAACGCAGCGAUUCAGAAGAUUAAUAAAGCACUGGAGAGGAAAUCUAAUGGAAAUAAACUGGACCCUUCCACUUAUCUGAUGGAGGAGAAAGAGUUAUGGAAUAUAAUUGAAGUUGGCCCACAGGCUACAAUCUACCUUUUGUGUAUAACAGAGUUAAACAGAUUGGAACAGACGACAAGCUCAGGCAUUGGGAGCGUGUACAGAGUCAUCCUAUCUGAUUGAACAGAGAUCAGCAAAACAAAGUAUUGAAGCUUUCAAACACUCACAAAAUAGUCCAACAAUUACUAUUUGUUUUAAGUGGCAAAAUGCAAGUUACUAGCAAUGUAUGUAUUUCUAAUAACCAAUAUGGGAUGUUGGUGUAUUUGUAAUAAGAUAUACUGUACUACAGAUAAUACCAACAUUAGUAAUUUCAUUUCAAGUAUGCCAGUUUGUAUGAAAUUAUUGAAUAUGUGCACCCACCUGAUUAUUUGACAUUUUUUAGAAUGACAUGUUUUUAGUUUGUUUGAAUGUGACAUGCUUAUAUUCAUAUUAAAGUGACAGUGUAACAUGUUUAUAUUAAUACUUUAUUAAAACAAUUACAGUAAAACCUGUCUUUGUGGUCAAUAACAUUUACGGUCCAUGUAAAGGACAGGUAAUCUUGAACAAGUAGUCAUCUGUCUUAAGCAGCUACAAAUGUUCAGUCUCAAGUUGAAAUGUAAUUUUUCACUGUAUAAUAAACUUCGCCUUAAUA